AUGCCAGGCUGCCAGGGAUUGGACCGCAUCCCGGAGCUGGCCGCAGGUUGUAGCCGCUCUCAUCAGUGUCUCUUCAUCCAAACGACCCGGCUUAAAGUGUCGGAGAGCCGCAGACAGUCGCCUCAGCGCAUCUCCUCCUCCUCAGGUCCAGGCGUCUUUACUGCUACUGACAGCGCGAAGAGCAAAGUGCGGAGCCAGGAAGCGACUCCGGGAUUUUUUACUUCAGGAUUUCACAGGCCCUGCUUUGGUUUCAGGCCUGCACCACGGAGCAAUUUAUGGUUGCCCACAGAAUUCUUCUGGCUGUUGAAUUGUGCCCACCUCGCCAUGCUGGCCUGUCUGCAGAGGAGGCAGAAUCCCCCUCCCCAGCACUCGGUGUGUACCAGCAAGGUCCUGGAGCCGCCACAAUCCCUGGGACGGAAAUGUGAGCUGGUGCCCACACAAUCCCCUCGCUAUCCAUCUGCUGCAGAACUUGAUGCGUACGCCCAGAAGACAGCCAAUAGCCCUCUCUCCAUCAAAAUCUUCCCGACCAACAUCAGGGUACCCCAGCACAAGCACCUUAACAGGACUGUGAAUGGUUAUGACACCACAGGCCAACGUUAUAAUCCCUACCCACAUCUCCAUAUAGGCGGAUCCCAGGGCCUGCUGGCCAUCAUAAAACCCUCCUCAUCUUCCUCAUCUACUUCUUUAUUUGUUCCCUCAAAAGGAGUUCUUAAGAACUCUGAUGGAAGACGGACUAAGCACUCACCCGGCCACAUAGCGGUGGCUCCAUACCCACCUCCAAGUAGUAGCACUUUAGCCACAGGCCAUGGCCAAAUGGUCUACCCUCUUGGGCCCACUAAGCCUCAAGAAGGAUCUGGACUCUCAGUUCCCCCUAACGUAACUGUUGCAGGAUCUGUAAUUCCUGUAACUGGAGGGCGAGGCCUCACUCUGCCCCCACAGUCAAAUCUCCCAUCAAUUCAGAGCAUCAUCUAUCAGAUCAACCAGCAAUGCCAGGCACAGGCCAUGCAGCAGGCAUGUCAGGGAGCAGCCACUGCAUCAUCAAACGCCAGCCCCUCCAAACAAGGGUCCACAAUGAUAGGCUCUUCAGGAUCCUCAGGGGGAGGGUAUGGGGUGGCUAUGGGCCCCCAGGGUAACAUGGUAUACACUGGGCCUGUUCCAACUCAGAACUCAGAGGCAAUAAAAAAUGGAGUUUACCCUGACAGCAUGGACUACAUCCUUUGGCAAAAGCAGCAGCAGCAGGCUGUGCUCCGCAUGUACAGUGGGGGCAGUGGGGGAGGAGGCGCUGUGAGCAAGUCCCCUGAAUCAAGUGUUCCUGGAGGGAUCAUGGGCGCACAGGUUUCCUCCUCAUCCUCCAGACCUUAUCUGACUGCAAGUGGAGGAGGCGGGCUGGACAAAGUGAGCUCCUCUCCUUUGAACUGUGCUGGGAUGCAUGGGAACUUUUCAGUGGGGCAAUACUUUGCCCCUCCAUGGAACAGUGUGUUAGUUACUCCAGACAGUGACUGCUACAACCCGCAGGAGUUUUUGGGCACCUCUACUGGAGGUCCUGCCACCGGUCACAGAGAGCUGGGUUACCCCCACCAUCACUACCAUCACUAUCAGCAUCAUCCGGCCAUGGACAGCGGGGGCGCUGUCUGCUGCAGCCUGCCCAGCAAAAGCCUUUGUAACACAUCUGUGCUGAGCAACAGCCUCCAGUCUUUGGAGUACCUAAUCAAUGACAUCCACCCUCCCUGCAUCAAGGAGCAGAUGCUCGGGAAAGGCUACGAGACUGUGUCUGUGCCCCGACUGCUGGACCACCAGCACGCACACAUACGCCUCCCAGUUUACAGAUAG